AGCACUUCAGGCCAGGGAACAAGAAGCGUGCACAGUCUCGUCGUUUUGAGGAACAAGAAGAUAUCACCAGCAGCCCGGCAACCUCUCCGUUAGUCGGCAUCUUCAGCCGAGUUUGUCUACUUAGUGUGUGCUCGUGUUAUUUAUUGCGACGCACGGGGGCAGGACGAAGAACCUCGUCAUGACCAUUUGGCACCACGAUGUUGCAACCUCAACGGACGGCGCAAGAACCGUAAUCAGCACAGAAACAAAACUCGUGAGCUACUACCUUUCAGUUCGGGAUUCGUGAUGGGAGGUGGUGGAGCUCCAGCUCCUGCGCCUUCAUCUUCACCUUCCACGAAUGAACAGGAUGUACUAGUCGUGCCACGACCUGCGCCUGCACCUGGCGCAGAGUUCGCCGAGAAGCACGAACGCAUGCAGGUCCUGGUGGUGGAGGAAACACACGCAAAGGAGCACACGAGAGCGCGCGCGACCGACGUGUGCGAGGAACAAGUAGAACAUCAAGUAUCACUAUCAUCUGCUGUCGCGAGCGACGUUGAGGUCUCGGUGGACGACGUUUUGCGCAAGCGACGCCAGGAGCAAGGGCGAUGCUCUCCCUCCUCCGAGCGCUUCGGAUUCCGCUCUGUGUUGAGACACAGCUUAUGGGAUUCUCCAAUGCCGCAUUGUGUCUGCUGUUUACUAUACAUAAUUUUGUCAUGCAAGGCUAGCAUGCAUGAGCACGUUUUGCAUACAAAUUGAAAUUUGUAAUGGAUCUCCAUACUGUUUUUAAGUGUGUCGAGAACUUGCCAUCUUUGGAAGCAGCUUGAUAGUGUUGGAAAUUUGUUUGAAGAGCAAAAAAAAUUUUGCAUGACAAACUCAUGUAACUAUAGCUAGCAAUUGCAAUGUAAUGUUUGAGACCUCCAUACCGCUUUCACAAAACGUUUACCGUCGUCGCCAAUUUCUCCAACUCCGUUGAUAUGCCUUGAAAAUUAACCAUAUCAUCCAAUUUGUCAUACAAAACAUGGAUUGAAGUCGCCUUUCGUCAUGCAAAAAGUGGAUGGUUAAUUUUGAUUUUCAGUGCAUAGCACAAUGCACGUUUCUCCAGAAUUGGGCUCCCACCGUGUUCUUCCCACUUGUCGCCGCUAUGAUUUGGACCAUAAUACGGGGGUUAGGGCCGAGAGUGCUCUUUUUCCUCAGUGGAUCGUCUGCGGGGCGGACGUGCGCUCUCACGCCGGCGGCUUUUGAUGGUGUCGUGCAUUUGCAGACGCAAGGAGAAGUCGAGGCGAAUUAUGAAGCAGCUGGUGCCAUGUUGGAGGCCAUUGGUCCACCGCAGCUCCAGCUUCAAGCAGAAGUAGCGAAAAAUAUUACUGCAGCAACAUCUUCUUCUGGCUCUCCUGGCACAACAGCUGCGUCCUUUUCGGUGUUUAGCGAGUGUCGCCAGUACAAUUGGACGACCACGUCCACGAUCACGAACAGCUCAUCAACCCAGGUCGUUCAGUUCUUGUGUGGAGCCAGUUCUAUUCCGUCUUUCGGUCAGAUUCUUCUCCCGCCACCCCUGUUUUCCGCCUUCUGGGAUAUUGGAAUUGUGUACGGCUUCCACUUGCAUUUGCACAUGUUGGGCGCCCGCAUCACACACGCUCUUCCGCCCACGGGGGUGCCCGCCGUUUUGUUUUACGGGAGCUCCCUUGUCCUGUGCACGCUCGUCUCGGUCGCGCUUGGUUUCGCAGAUUAUGAACUCGUCCUUUCGGGGUGGACGCGGACUUCUGCGAUGAUCGGAUCCGUCGUACUCUUCCUCUCGACCUUUGUUUACGCUGCGGUCAUCGCGUUGCUCAACAUCCACAAACGCGAAAGUGAUCUGAAAACGACAAGCAAGAGAACGACCACUACACCAAAAGUAAAGAUGGAGGCGCUGGUACAAAUACAAUCUGCUAUACCUGUAUCACCAAGUAAAAAUCAGGAAGAACAAGAAGAAGAAGCAAAUGAGCAGCGGGUCGUAGGAAAAAAUAAAGCGAUAUUCAUAGCGUCGACUACGGAACAAGCCGGAGCCCACUCCGACGAAAGAAACAACAGCUAUCCGGUUCCGGAGGUUGUUGUCCCGCAAGGCGCGCACAAAAUAACAGGGUUUGCGAAUGCCUUUAUCGGCUCACACGGUACCGAUAAAACACAAACUGGCAGUGGUGAUACAAUCGCGAAUACAACGGACUCACACAGUUUCGAAAAGUUUGCGGGGACGAACAAUCAAACGGUGAGAAGCGAAGAGGGCGACGCAGGAGUUGUAGUCGCGAGCAAGAAUUGUUCUCAUUUAGAUGUAGAGACAUCGAAGAACGAGGACACAAAAACGCAAAUAAGCGACAAAGAAAUGAAGAGCAAGCCGAAACGACGCAACAUGUUCGUGACGCCGGCGUUGCGGGGUCUUUCCGUGUUUGUCAUGACUGGUGGACUGACGUUGUGCUUCGGUUCGGUCUUUUUCUUGACGAAUUCCAUCCUCGUCGAGUUUGUGCUGGAUCCGCUUGCGGCAAAUACGGCCAUCGCCCUGCCAGUUCGAUUGGCGAUCGAGCUUGCCAUCUCCCUCCUGGUGUUUCUCAUCUGGGUCCCCUUGGCGGCGCACUACUGGGGGAAAUCCGUCGCGAUUGCGAUCUUUGUACCGCUGCCCUACUGGAUUUCCGCCGAGGUCUACGAGGAGAGUCAGCAGCCGGGUAGUCAUUUUGCCGGCGAGGGUGAUGAUGCAAAGCGGGAACGCGAAAAGCAGCGCAAACGCCGCAUGAGGGAAACCUUCGAACAUAUUCCUUGAAAAUCAACCAUACCCAUCCAAUUUGUCACGUAAAACAUGAAGGAAGUUCUGUGUUUGUCAUGCAGAUGCAAAGAAAGAAUGGGGAUGGUCAAUUUUCAGGGAAUAGAACAGAUUAAGAUCGUCUACUUCUUUUCGACAGACUUGAUUCGCAUCACGCUCGGACGGGGUAUUUUGAUGCGGUACAGUGGGUAUUCGGUUUUGCUACUCCUUCUCACCGACUUCGUCUACCACAUGUGGCACUUUGGAUUUCGCCAGCGCGAGUCUCUGCUGCUUUUCAGUGUGGUCGCCGCAGCAAAAAAUCGCAACGUCCGGCGAAUGCAGUCGACGCGUUUUCCCGUCUGGUUUCGUGUGAUCGACCUGUGGACGCAGUUUCGCAACCGCGCCCCACUCUGGUUCACGAUAGGCUGGCAUGAGACCUGGGAUUUCGCGGAAAUGCUUAGUAUUCGGGAGACCGGGGAAGGGUUGAAGAAAACAACUGACGUAUCAUAUGUAAAAACGUCCCCACACCAGAGUCAAGUUGGGAACCUAGGAAGACAAAUCCACAAGUUUUGGGAGCCACGCAUAAGAAGUUGCAGUCCGUAGUGUAGUGCAUGUAAGCAAGGACCACCGCAUCACAAAUCCAUCUGCUUAUCCUGUUUACAGCAUUACAAAUUCUAGAACUCGAUUGGAAAUGCCACUCAUGGAGAUGCGCAUCACAAAUCUUCCUGUAAUCGCAAAUCUGCAUGAUAACUAUGGGGUGGGAAUGGUUUUACUCAGGAUAUGACGACGAUGCGCGGGUCCGGAAGGAAAGAACCGCGAAGACGUACAAGGAUCUGACUAUAUCCUGUGCAAAAGUAUCGUACUCGUAGUAAUUGCAAUCAUGCAAUACAAAUCUCCCUCUUAAGACAAAUCAGCAUUACAAAUUUCAUUUUUCAUGCUGAGGAAAUUUGUAAUGCAUUUAUACCACUGCGAUACUUUUGCAAUUCAUAGACGAUGUCUUUCAGCAACGUGCAGGUGAUUCUGAAGCGCGUUCCAAACCAUGUCUGGGACGAGAUGUUUCCCGAUGAUCUUUCCAUCGGACAGAUUACUUCUACCGUCGCCUGCUAUCCUAGGGAAAAUUUUCACCAGCACGAACUAACAUCCUCUUCUUCAGUUUGUAAAUGCAAUAGAAUCACAAUCAGAACCACCAGUGGUUUUACGCGUGCUUAUGAUGUAAUGCUAAUGUUAAUGUUGUCGUUCUGCAUUAUUACGCAUUGAUUGAGGUGACGGUGAAGAUUUUGUUCAGGAUACCAGGGGAAGGAGAAGUACUGAAGAAACUGAUCGAUCGUCGCGAAGGUCCCACUCUUCGGGCGCAAGUUUGACGGCCGGAACGCGCAGAUCAAACUCGGCGGCGAAGUUGACGAAAACAGGGAGUGACAAGUGGAACGCGAAGGCGGGUCGCGGAGGUCGACACCAUGAAAACUCGCGAAAUAAAAAAACACCUGGAGGUGUUGCGCAGAUCAUAGAUGCUGACCUGCGUGCAACGGUCGAUCAAAAGCAGGACAUGUUCCGAGAGACCGUCGAUACGCGCGCAACAAUGGAUUCGCAGUGCGAAAUUGUCGAUGUGCACGACGAGACCACGCGAGAUCGGUUCUCAUCGAGGAUGUCGGAGAACAAUACGCUCUUGCACUCGCCGGCACGAGUAUCAACUGCUCCUUCGGCCGUCUUCUCGUCAACAUCUCUGUCACUCACGGAACAUCAGAGAACGGAGGUUGUUCCCGCUACCGGCAGUGACGCAGCUGCUGCGCAGCUCCGUGGACGGUCGUGCUCCGGAGCAAGUGCGGCGACGGGCUCCAGCAAGCGGUUACGGCUUGGACGGUAG